UUUCGUCGAAUGACGACGGCCCGCUGUUUGUUACGGCUGCUGUCAUAAACCGUGAAUGUCCGUGAACUUUUAAGUUUCGAUCUACUCGGUUCGUGAUCCUAAUGGCGAUUGUUUUGCUUGCCUGCUUUGCUUCCGUCGUCGCGGGCUGACAAAAAUCCAACAAACUUGAGCAGUGUGUAGUGGAGUAUCUUAUCAGUGACGUGUUUUGUGGUGUGUUAAGCGGAGUGCUGGGCCUUGGGGGUACAGCUAGCAGACUUCCGGCUCUAGUGUUUUCCUAGCCGGAUAUUCCGUGCAGUGGUGAAACUGGUUCGCGCAAAAGUGCUUGACAUAAGCAGGUUUCAAUCAUUCGGUAUGCAGCCCUUGUGUUGCUGCUAAAUUGAAGAGGAAGGCCACAAUGGGUGGUUCGAGUGGGUUUUCGCCUGAAUCCUAUCGAAAUUGACCAACAGUGUGGAGUGGACGUGGUUCCUUUGAUUUGGAACCAGUUGGAAUUAUCUCAAUGAUGGAUGAGCAAUCCGUGCAAGUCGGGGACUAAUUUGUGUAGGGUGCACAUGAAAAACCAGUUCAAUUGCGGGGCGGAAACGACGAGUGAUGAAAGUUUGUUUUGAUAAAAUUGGUGCUCAUAGUUUUCGGGAAAGUUUCGCAGCCUUUUUGCGGUGUUAUUUUGUAUCUUUUACCGUGGGUUUCCGCGGUUCACCCGAGACCCGGGAGAUGGUAUUCGACGGUGUUGCUGGUGGUGUGCGUGUUGUGCAACCUUUUCUGUACAUAGUCAAAUGAAAUAAAUUGAAGAAAAAAAAAUAGUCCCCAGUAAGUUAAUUGAAGGCCUUGCGAAAAUAUUGUGUGAAUGUGUUUUUUUUUUUUGCUUCUCUUCUGUUCGACACUAUACUAUACUGUAAUGGAUAUGCGCUGGUUUAUUUUGAAAAAUGAUUAAAUAUUUUUGUUGCUACGUCGUGUUAUGUCUGUUCCGAGGGAUGUGCUAGUGUUAGUGCCGCCGGUUCGUAAUCGCAGUACUCCUGAUCAAUUGUUCCAGUCACAUAAACAAUGAAGAGGUCGGGUACAUAGACGUCGGUCCCGUCUCUAAGGUCUGAAACAGUAGCUGCGUACAAGGCUGAACACAUUUAAUUUUUGCGAGAUCACAACCCAUGCACGUAGACAUUGAUUUUUUUGCGACUCAGGGCAAAUGUUAUAAAAAUAGAGGACCAUCGAGCCACGCUGCCUAUCGCCAACGCUACAAAACGAGCUGUAAAGCUGCACUGCUUUUGCAUACAUAAACCGACCAACCCGGGGUUUCGCGAUGAAAGAGGAACCCAACCUAGCUGCCGCCGUGGGAGCGAAGCUUGCUUCUUCCUUUCAGGGGCAAAACCAGGCAGCAGGACAGCAGCAACGUCAACCACGCACAACCUCGAUCACCAGCUACGACUCCGAGAGUGACGAUAAUACGCAGCAAGGAUCUUCUUCGGCCGGGCCGUCUGGCAACGGCAGGAAGGACUCCGACGGGGAACGGUCGGAUGCCGGUGCUACUAACAGUGCUUCCAAAUACGACUAUGACGACUCCAAAGCUGCUUGUAAAAUCCUAAAUGGCCGAGAGGCGAGAAAUCGGGCCGAGAAAAAUCGCCGUGACAAGCUGAACGGAUCGAUCCAGGAGCUGUCCGGUAUCGUGCCACAUGUCGCCGAGUCCCCCCGGCGGGUAGACAAGACGGCGGUGCUCCGUUUUUCGGCCCACGCACUUCGGGUGGAUUAUGUUUUCGGCAAAUCGCAACCAGAGCCCGCAAGUGCGGUGAAACCGGAAGUACAGGAUAGCCUUUUUCGUAUGCUGAACGGCUUUCUGCUGACAGUGACAUGCCGGGGACAGAUCGUGCUAGUGUCCGCGUCGGUUGAACAACUUUUGGGCCACUGUCAGACCGACCUGUACGGACAAAAUCUGUUCAACUUCAUCCACCCGGACGACAUCAACUUGCUCAAACAACAGCUGGUGCCCAGCAAUAUAGUCAAUUUGUUCGAUUCCUCGUCGCCAUCGACGGCAUCGACGUCAACGGCAGCCGCUCGUACUCCGACGGCACCCGCGGCCGAUGCUAGCGAGGAACUGCACAGGAGAUCCCAGGAGGAGGAGGACGAAAUCGAUCAGAAGCUAAGGCAAGAUCGGAGGAAAUUUGCCAUCAGAAUCGCCCGCGCUGGUCCCCGCUCGGAACCGACCGCAUACGAGUUAGUCACGAUCGACGGAUGCUUUAGGCGUGCGGAUGCUGCCCCUCGUGGGAUAAAACCAAGCGGUCCUUCGGGACUUCAGCUGCUGAGGAGGGCCCGUGGUCGAGACGACGAGAUUUCACUGCACAGUAUAAACGGGAACGAUAUUGUUCUAGUGGCAAUGGCACGAGUUCAGAAGGUCCCAUCGAUAUGUGAUCGACUGAUUGAGGCUUGCAAGUAUGAGUACAAAACGCGCCAUCUGAUUGAUGGCAGAAUAGUACAAUGCGACCACCGGAUAUCGAUGGUGGCAGGCUAUAUGACGAGUGAGGUGUCUGGUCUAUCUCCGUUUACCUUCAUGCAUAAGGAUGAUGUGCGGUGGGUCAUCGUGGCAUUGAGGCAAAUGUACGAUUACAACCAGAAAGACGGUGAAUCCUGCUAUCGGCUUAUGACCCGCACCGGAGACUUUGUGUAUCUCAAAACCCGCGGCUAUUUGGAGGUUGAUAAUGAUACUAAAGUGGUGCAAUCGUUCGUUUGCAUAAACACGCUCGUAUCGGAAGAGGAAGGACGCCGGCUGGUGCGAGGGAUGAAGCGCAAGUUCUCGGUCAUGGUUGACCAGAAAGAACUACCGGACGAAAGCGACGAACCUUCGGUGGAAAAUCCACAGCAAAUCGAACGCGCUGUGAUGAACCUGAUCACCAACCUACAUCCGGAUGAGAACGAUCUAGCGGAACGGUCGAGUCAAGGGUAUCCUCACUCUCCCCUGGCGGAGUCAUCGGGGAAAACUCCGCUUGCCAUAAUCGCACCGAAACCAAGCCAAGUCAAAUCAGCCAUCGUAAAAAGUAUGAACGUGAUUGCGAUUGCAUCCAAGAAAUUGAGCGAAAACGGAAAUUGCUCACCGGGGCGGGACGGACCUAGCUUUAAGAGGAAGUCAGAAAACAUCACAAGUGCCACGACGCAACGUCCGUCCGUGCUGCAGAAGGUGCAAAGUCAAAGCCCCGCCCAUGAAUCGCGUGUGCCACCGCUGCCGAGCUCGGAGCAUUACUUUACGCAGCCUUUUUCGCCGGCCAGCAACAGCAGCAGCAGUAGCGGCGGGGGCUGCAGUAAUUCCAUUCUAUCACCCGCAUCACAGCAUCAAUUUCAGCGGAACAGCCGAAGUCCAUUUGGGGGCAGCGUUCCACCAACGUCCCCUCCCGCCAUAGCGACCACUUCGGCAUCGUACUCGCGAAUAGCAAACCUGGAAAAUACCGCAAGUGGCCAUACCCGUACUACGAGCGUUCUGAAAAGAACGUACAGCAACAGUAGCAUUAGUAGUAGCUACGAUAGUACCAGCAACGCUGGCGACUACGUCGAACUGAAGCGGUGCAAAGCUAAUCACACCGAUCUGAGUGCCUGUCUGAACGAUCUGAUCAACCCAGCUUCAGAUCUCACAACGAUGCUCCCGAGUGCACUGGAUGCGGUCGAUCGGUCACUUUUGACUAUUGAGAACACCACUACCCUUAUGCGCGACCAAGUCAGCGAGUAUGGCGGCUUACAGCAUUCCCAGCACCAUCGGCUUGAACGGAUAGUGGAAGAGCAACAGGAGCAGCGCGAGAUACUGCAGUCAAUUCAGCAGGAGUACGCCUUACAGAUUCAAACCAACGGUGGUGUCCACGAUAGCCCCCGCAUUCCGGAGGAGGAGGAAGACUCCAUGAUACUGGGGGGUCUAGAGGGAGCAGCAGUAGCGGACGUGCUGGUGGACGACCUCGCCGUUGCUAAUACCGCAGCCAUUCCGCUGGGAGGCAGCAACCGGAGCGGCGUGAUAGGUCUAGCCACGGACGGGGAGCUCAGUCCGGUCGAUUCUCCGGUAAGUUCGCUGGGAUCGCCCUCGACUGGAUCCACCGUGAUUACGACCAGCCGUGCGCGAAUCGAAGAGGUGACUACCUACCGGGCUAGGGAACUGAAUCCAAGUUAAUAGUCGCUCUUGCCAGCGUGGAUUAGAGACUACUUGGUGUCGACGAGCUUGUUUCGAUCAAUUGUUUGUGUUUGGGAAAUCCGGACAAAAAUUUUGUGCAAUCUGUCAGCUGUUUGGCAGCAUAGUGUGUUGGUUACCAAUGUUUACAAACGAAUGUUCUAAGUCCAAACAUACAAAGAUAUAUUCUAUACAUACUAACUUUCGCGAAUUGUGUACAGUUCAUACGCGUAUGUGGUUUAGUGAGAUGAUUAGGAAAUAUAUGAGUGAUAUGAGUUUUUCACAUUGAAAUUGAUAGUAUUGUUCCCAUCCAUUGCAAUUUUCCAACCAUGCGAAAAUUGACUAUAUUACAAGAUUGUAGUCUAAUAACGAUAGAGAGUCCUCUGCAACCAAUGGUACUGGACUACAUAUAAUGAUUUGUUACUAGUUUGAAAAUGUUUAAUUGAUGAUUAAAUUUUUUAAGAUCCCUAAUUUUUCAUAGCUGUAAGAUAGAAAACUCUACAUGCCGACAAAACUAGCGGGACAUGAGCGUAGGCUUAAAACGUGCAAUCAUUAAACCCUGCACGAGGAUGAUGUUUUCUUCUAGUAGGCAAGCACUACAUAUACUAGGUAAAUUUUAGCAUGCAAUCAACAGAGGCUGCAUGUGGAAAGUGUAUGGUACUGUUACGAUAAUUUUCACCAGAAAUUAAACGCGCUGUUAUCAAGAUAAAGCUACAGAUUUAUGUUCACAAAUUCGCAUUCACCGAUUUCUAACGCGAAAAAAGAAACCUAUACUGGAGAACUUAUCUGUAUAGUUUAAUUAAGUGUUUAAGACUAAACAAACUCAGAACACGUGGUGUGAUAACUAAAGAAUCGAAAAUGAAACCAUAGGUGGCAUGUGAA